AUUUGGUCGACAAUAACGUCCAUAGCCAUCCACCAUGAAGCCCCAAAGUUUGCAGAGCUUCACGGCUCAGUUUGGGAGGCUUUCAUUAGCCUCCAAUACAAUUCGACCUCUUGGUCCCAUCCUAGCCCAAGCCACAGCUUUCUCCGCACCUUCGAACCACACUUCUCAGUCCUGUCGUUCGUUUUCUAGCACAGCCGUCAAUUCAGGCAAUUGGCUUCUGCCUACGAUGCCAGAAAAAAAGAGGUCACGGAAAGGAAGACCCCGUGUGCCGACAGGAGGAUCAGCUAGAGGUACCACUUUAGUAUGGGGGGAAUAUGGCUUGCGAAUGUGCGAUCAUCAUCGCCGUGUUAGUGCGCAGCAAUUGAAGGUUGGGGAGGACGCUAUUAAGGUCAGACUGAAGGGUAUGAGAUAUCGAUUGUAUAAAAGAGUUGCUGCCCAAAUUGGUGUAUACAGCAGUGGUAACGAGGUUCGUCAAGGUAAAGGAAAGGGUUCCUUUGAUCACUGGGCUUCCAGGAUUGCUGUCAGCAAGAUCAUAUUUGAGUUGAAGGGAGAUGUACACGAACAGGUCGCAAGAGACGCGUUUCGAUUAGCAGGCAAUAAAAUGCCAGGUCAAUAUGAGUUUGUCAAGAAGGGGGAUCCUCCGGUUGUUGGAAUCACAAAGUUAGAUGGGGUUACCAUGGAGGAGUUGAAGAGACCAAGAAGAAAGAUACCAUUAGACUCGAUACCUGUCGGUUCUACUGCAGAAACUACACCAUCAAGUGUGUCGACGUCGACUUCACCGGAUGCGUAGGACGAGGAAAUGUAUAUUGUAUCAUAGAGCGCAUUGACAUUUCCAGCCCAUAAAUGAAUGGAGAUGUACAAAAUCACACUCCAUAUUGUAGUAAAUGCUUGACCAGAGCAAGUGUAUGCGGUUUCAUGUAGAGGUCUCAGUAUACCAUUGGUCCCCAGAUGAUUUAGAAUAGUCGACGUCCUCUUGUCUGAGAUAUGUCAAAUGCGACACGGCCAAGGAGCCUCAAAUCACAACA